AGCCCCGUGCUCCAACCCUGCUCGCUCAGCCGCCAUGGGACGGAGCUUCUCCUUCCUCCUGCUGCUGCUCCUGCUGCCCCCGGGGCCGGGAGCCACCUUCUCGCUCCUGCGGUACCGCUACGACUGCGGGGACUACGGCAUGCAGCUGCUGGCGUACCCCACGCGCGGCCGCACCGUCCGCUUCAAAGUCAUGGACGAGUUCGGCACCCGCUUUGACGUGGCCAACUGCUCCAUCUGCCUCCACUGGCUCAACACCGGGGCGGACGGCGCCGUCAUCUUCUCCUCCGGCUACGAUGGCUGCCACGUCCUGGUGAAGGAUGACCGCUACGUCCUGAGGGUGCAGCUGGAGGAGACGCUGCUCAGCGGGGUCCUGGCCGCCUCCUACGAAGUCAACAUGACCUGUCCGCAGUCGAGCGACUACGAGACCCUCACGGACGGCAACGCGCACGCUGAGCACCGGGGCGACGGUGUCCGCCAGACCCAGGCUAACGUCCUCGUCCCCCUGUCCCAGCCUGGGCUCCUGCACCACGUGUCCCAGUCCUCCCUCACCCUCUCGGGACCCCAGCUCUCUCCCCAAGCCCACUCGGAGCAGGUUCACCCCGUGGCUCAGACCCAGCCGGUCCUGGUGCACCAACCCCAACCCAGCCUGGUUCGCCCGGGGCUUCAACCCCAACCUGGCCAGGCUCGCCCGGGGCUUCAGCCCCAGCCAGGCAUCGUUCGCCCCAUCGCCCAACCCCAGCGGGGCUUAAUACGCCCGGGCGUGCAGCCCCCAGCCCAACUGGGGCUGCUGCGCCCAGGAGCUCAAACCCAACCGGGGCUUCUUCGUCCGGGGCUUCAGACCCAAAACCAGCCUGGGCUGGUGCACCCCGGAGCUCAAACCCAACCGGGGCUUCUUCGUCCGGGGGUUCAGACCCAAAACCAGCCUGGGCUGGUGCACCCUGGAGCUCAAAUCCAACCGGGGCUUCUUCGUCCGGGGGUUCAGACCCAAAACCAGCCUGGGCUGGUGCACCCCGGAGCUCAAACCCAACCGGGGCAUCUUCGCCCAGGGCUUGUGCCCCAAAACCAGCCUGGGCUGGUGCACCCCGGUGUCCAGUCUGGCUUAACGCAUGCUGGUGCUCAAACUCAAGCGGGCUUCGUACGGCCGGGAGCUCAGCCCCAAAGCCAGCCGGGCUUAGCUCGCCCCAACCUUCAGACCCACUCCCAGGCUGGUCUCCUCCGCCCUGGGCUCCAGAACCAAGCUGGGCUGGUUCACCCCGGCUCCCAGUCCCAGUCCCAGUCCCAGCCAAGCCUGAUGCGCCCGGCUCUCCAGAGCCAAGCCGGGCUGGUACACUCCGGCCAUCACCGACCGGGUCUCGUGCACCCAGGAGUCCAGUCCCGACCGGGUUUGGUACGUCCUGGGCUUCAAGCUCAGCCCCAGCUGGGUCUGGUGCACCCAGGACUGCAGCCCCAAGCCCAGCCUGGCUUGCUGCGUCCUGGGCUUCAGUCCCAGCCCAGCCUGCUGCAAUCCACGGCUCUCUUCUACUCCUCGGCAGGGGCAGGCACCCAGCUGACGCGGGAGCAGUGCCAGGUGGCGGCGGGGAGGAUGCCCUGCGUGGCCCCGCAGGGUCGGGAGGCGUGCAAGCAGGCGGGCUGCUGCUACGAUGACAUGGACCGCGUCACGCCCUGCUAUUACGGCAACACGGCCACCGUGCAGUGCCUGCUGGACGGGCAUUUUGUGGUGGUGGUGCCGCGAGGCCACAGCACCCAGCCCUACAACCUGGACAGCGUGCGCCUCGCCAGCACCCAAGCCGGCUGCGAGCCCAUCAGGGUGACGGAGACCUUCGUGAUGUUCCACUUCCCCGUCACGCAGUGCGGCACCACUGUCCAGGUGAUCGAGGACCGGCUGGUCUAUGAGAACCAGCUGAUCUCCACCAUUGACGUCCAGGGGUCCCCCCGCGGCUCCAUCACGCGGGACAGCGUCUACAUCCUCCAAGCUCGCUGCAUCUACAACGCCAGCGACCUCCUGCCGCUCCGCAUGGAGGUGGCCGUACCCCCCACAGCCACCCCCCUGGCCGUGCCGGGGCCGCUCGGGCUCCAGCUGCGCAUCGCCACCGACAACAGUUACAGCUCCUACCACCCUGACGGCGACUACCCCUUGGUGAGGGUGCUGCGGGACCCCAUCUACGUGGAGGUUCGCCUCCUGCAGAAGACGGACCCCAACCUGGUGCUGGUCCUGCACCACUGCUGGGCGUCCCCCAGCACCGACGCCGCGGCCGAGCCCCAGUGGCCCAUCCUGGUGGACGGGUGCCCCUUUGUGGGGGACAACUACAGGACGCAGCUCGUGCCCGUGGGACCGGCCUCGCCGCAGCUGCCCUUCCCCAGCCACUACCAGCGCUUCGUCAUCUCCACCUUCACCUUCGUGGAGCCCCCCACCAUGGCAGUGCUGGAGGGAGAGGUGUACAUCUCCUGCAGCGCUUCCGUGUGCCACCUCGCCCAGCCCGAGCCCUGCCGGCCCUCAUGCCAGCUCGGGGUGCCCUCACGAGCGCGUCGGUCUCUGGGGGACAAGGGGACAGCUGGAGCCAGGGGCACGGCCACCUCCCAGGGACGCGUCGUCUUCCCCAAGGUCCCCAAGCUGCGGCGAGGCUGAGCGCCAAGGUGCUGGGUGAGUGUCCCUCCGCUCCCGCACUGCCCCUUCGUCCCAGCUCUAACUAACUCUCCUCCUCCUCUUCCUCCUGCGCAGCUCCAGCCAGACACUGCCCGACAUCUCUGGGCAAGCUGGAACAAUAAAGCAGGGUUUAUUGCCGGA